GACAGGCUUGUAUUUGUUCCACGUCCAGGACAGUCAGAUCUGAUCUGCUCAGAAAGUAUGACCAUAGGUUAUGCACUGAGGGAAGCUGCUAAACUCACAGAAAUAACAGUAGACAGUGAGACAACAUUUCCACAGACAAGUCAGAGUCUUUCCGAAAUCCAAAUAUUACACCGGGCUGCAGACAUAUUGAGGAAAAGCAUGGAGCAGAUAGAGCAUGACAGUCAAUCAUAUGUCAGCAGUGACCGUCUAUCACGUCUCCAAUGCAGCAAGUAUGUACCCAACAUCCUGUAUGACUUUGUCAACUGGUGUGUUGAUUCAGAUGCCCACAGAGAUUACCAAACAUGUGAUGAUGACCCAGCUUCAAAGGACAAUCUCUGUAUUAUCGCAAUCUGUCAUGAUCUCAUUGGACAGAGCUGUCACAUCCAUACGCCAAUCACACUGGGACUUGCCAUUUUGAUACAUCAUGAGUUUGGUAGUAAGACACUCAUCAAUGAGCUCAGUGCAAUGGGGCACUGUGUUUCCUAUACAGAGGUUAGGCACUUCCUCACAUCUGUGGCAGCAGACCAAAUAUCAAGGACAGAGAGUGGUGUCUACAUCCCAACUGGCCUCACUGGAGUUGCUGAACAUGGAAUUGUUGAUGCAGCCAUCGACAACUUUGACCAAAAUGAAGACACCCUGGAUGGGAAGCGUACAACUCAUGCUAUGGCGUCUGUUGUGUUCCGAAGAGGCCAAGUCUCCACAGCAGAUAAAUGCCUAGCACGGGUUCCACAGAGGUCCCUCACCACCUUAAACACGUUUGAUAUGAAUGAAGAUAAACUUUACAGAUACAUCAAAUCUACAAAGCGACCCGAACCACCUGAACUUGCCCAACCUGAGUUACUGCACACAAAUACAACAAUCUCUAAAGCAGCUGAAGACAGAGAUCUGGUAUGGAAGCUGUCCAGAAAUUUAUUUGAGAAUCAACAGCAUGUCCCUGCUUGGUCUGCAUUUAAUGCCUUCACAUCAGACACUGCUUGUUCAGUAGCCAGUGUUCUCUACCUGCCCUUCAUAAGAGAAUCACCCUCAGAAUUGUCCACCAUCUACACAGCUAUGAUACGACUUGUACAGCUUGCUGCAGAACUGGGACAGCACCAUAUUCUUGUGACAGCAGACCUUGCCAUUUAUAGUAAAGCACAACAGAUAUUGUGGAGCAAACCAUUGCCCUUACAAGGAAAGAUAACAAUGAAAUUGGGAGGUAUGCAUAUCACAAUGGCUUACCUAGCAAGCAUCGGAAAGCUCUAUGGCGAUGGUGGACUGUUUGACAUACUAACUGAGUCAGACGUGUAUGCAGAGGGAACAGCUCGACAGUUGCUUCAAGGAAAACAGCUGGCAAGAGGAGUAAGAAGCAUAAAGCUAACAUCUGAGGCUCUGUUCAGGCUCUUCUGGCAAGCCAUGCAAUCAUGGCUUGAAAAACAAGGCCUAUGUGCAACGACUGAAGCACAAGAACAAAUCCUACGCGAUGUACAGCAUGCAUUUCAUGGUAAUGACAAGGCCACUGCUCAACAGCUCAUCAGUGAAGUGGAGACUGAACUUCCUGAGAUCCAGAAGAGAAUCCAGAUGUUCAUAAAUGAGGGAGUUAAGCAAUCAGCAACCUUUGGAUACUGGUUAAUGUUCCUCAGUGGGGCUGAUCUAUUGCUAAGGAUUCUUCGUUCGGAGCGUGAAGCUGACUUUCAACUUCACCUAAAUUGCAUGUGUGAAGUGAUGCCUUGGUUCAGGGCUGCUGGCAGGACCAAUUAUGGCAAGUACAUGCCAAUCUAUGUUGCAGAAAUGAGAGCACUUGAACAUGAACAACCAGAAGCAUACACAUUCAUGCAGCAAGGUGGGUUUGUUGUUCGCCGGUCUGAGCAUCGAAGCUUCAACUGUGUGCCUACAGAUCAGGCACUGGAGCAAACCAUUAAUCGAGAAGGCAAGAGUCAGGGUGGAGUUGUUGGCUUCACAUUACGAAAAGGAGCUCUCACAAGAUGGUUGAUGACAAGACAUGUGACCACUGCAUAUGUGGAUGCCAUGAAAGAGCUUUGUGACACUGAUGAUCAGAGCCCGAAAGCACACAAGGAGCAUGGAGCAUCCAGAAUGGACCGAGACGAAAGAGACAUACAGAAGAUAAUGGAAGCUGUAGAGCAGAGGCAGAAUCCCUUUGAUCUUGAUAGCAUUCCUGAGGAACUAAUCAACAUAGCAAGUGGUCAGGUUGCAUCUGAGAAAGUUGCAAAAGACCUCUCAAGCUUCCUCCAAGAUGGUGCGAAGCAGAAUGCCAUCUUUAUUGAACAACGUCUGGCAAAAUCAAAAAGAACAAAGAGCUUCUGGGAGCCAGAGAAAAGAAACCAGUGUGCAACCUUCAAGGACAUGAAAACAUCAGUUGGAGUCAGCAUUUCUAGAAAGGUUCACAUGGACUCAGAUGUGCUCUUUCGAAGAUUACUGGCUGUCUCAAAGCAAAGAGAGGUGUCCUUGGAGACUGUGAUGUCUCACGAACUCGCAGCUGUCCCGCCCUCUUUGUUUUAUGAUGAUGGAAGCAUGAGGAAGACAACAAAAGCUGACCUGGCCAAGAAACUUGAGGCUGUUGUUGAAGAGACACAGCAGCUGCCAAAUGUUAAAGAACCAUCAGCAUAUAUCAUUGAUGGAAUGGCUCUUCUACAGAGUCUCAAUGAAUCAGCCUUUCAAACGUUCAAUGACCUGGGUGAGUGUGUCUGGAAAAAGAUCGCAACUUUAAUGGGAAAGGAAGUUAACAGCUGUGUCGUUAUAGUGUUUGAUAGAUAUGACCACCAACACUCAGUCAAAGAUCUUGAAAGACAAAGAAGAGGCACCAUUCACACCAGCAGACGAACACAUAUCAUCACAGGACAAACAAAUGUUCCAAACUACAGAAAAUACCUCAGGAUCAGCGGAAACAAGGCUGCUUUAUGUAGCUUUGUCAGCACCUACAUCGCCAGUACUGGGCCAACGAAAAUUUCUUCAGGGAACACUGUCAUCUUGGCAGGUGGCUUUGAAAAUGGUCAGGAGGUUAAAAGGAUUAGCAAGUCAGGCAUUGACUGCUUGAAAGAUCUUUACAGUGACCAGGAGGAGGCUGACACGAGGCUUGUGUUACAUGCAAUACACCUUGCACAGUCACAUUCUCGUCUAAUUGUCAAAUGUGAUGAUACAGAUGUACUUGUUUUGCUUCUGUACUAUUCUAGCAAAGGGAUGUUUGGAUCCUCAGCAGUUUUUAUGCACUCUGGACAUGGCCUUAAGGAAAGACUCAUCCCUAUAUGUUUGAUCGCUCAGAAGCUUGGAGCAGUGCUUUGUGAGUGUUUACCUGCAUGCCACGCUCUCACGGGUUGUGACACCACAAGCAGUUUGUACAGAAUUGGGAAGGCCACUGCCCUCACAAGACUGAAGGCCCAUCUUUGUGAGUUACAGGAAAUGACCAAAUUUGGACUCUCUGGUAGCCUGGAAGAGGCUUUACCUGUGGCAAGAAGGUAUGUCCUCCUCCUGUAUGGCCAAAGAAAAAAGGUGGAUGGGCAUCCUUGCACCAACCUGGAUGAGCUGAGGUACACACUAGCAUCUACUACAGAUUUGUCAGCAGCAAAUCUACCUCCAACAGAAGAUGCCUUCCAGCAACAUGUGCUGAGAGCCUUGUACCAAACAGCAGUGUGGCGUCACAGCCACCUGGCCAAACCUCUUCUCUGGAACCCAAUUGGUAGAGGGUGGAGGCUCAGAGAAGAUGGGUGUAUUGAACCUGUGAUGUUCCAGAAGGCACCAGCACCUAAAGAAGUUAGAGACAUCACCCACCUUUACUGUAAAGAUGGAAACUGCAACGAUGCCACCAAAUGCCAAUGUCUUUCAGUGGGCUUGACCUGCACAGAGUUUUGCUCUUGCCCUUUCCCAGACUGUCCAAAUAUGACCCACUUUGUCACUGAAGACAAUGUGGAUGAGUGAGAGUGGUGUGUUGCAGUUAUAACAUCAUGGGGGCUGACCUCAGAAUGGCUACCAAAAGGAGUUCAUGUUUCAAAUGGUUGGUGCUAGAAAAUAAACAGCCUGAGAAGAGAGUGAUUAUCCCCCCUCUGAGUAUUUGUUUUGUUAGAUUGCCAUUUGUUUGAUUUAAGAUAGUAAUUUAAUUUGUAUUUGUAUUGUGAAGUUAAGUUUUAUAGUUUUAUUAAAAGCCUCAUUAAGGUCAAACUGCAUCCUGACUCCUGGUCUCCUUUUUGUGUUAUGGUAAGGUGUAAUCUUUUGAUUUCAAUCUUUGUAUCCAUAUAGUACAAGGUGCCAUAUGAAAUGUUUCAUUAUUAAAUAUAUCUUAUAUUUGCAUUUCUCAACAUUAUUCUCACCAAUGAUAAUGGGCUUUGGACUAAAUUAUGUCAGUGUUCCAUUUUCUUUCAUUUUAGACACCUCAUACAUUGAAUGACAGAACACUCUGAUUGGU